AUGAGUGCAAACGUUCCAAGAGAAAUUCUCAAGUGGAUGCAAUCAUUGGACUUGUCGUAUUCGAUAAAGAAUAUGAGAAGAGAUUUUUCAAAUGGUUUUCUUAUAGCAGAAAUUAUUUCUCGAUAUUUUUCUCAAGAGGUUGAAAUGCACAGCUUUGAUAUCGGUGUUGGAGUUAAGGCUAAAAUGGAUAAUUGGCAAUUAUUAGAAAAAUUCUUUAGAAAACAUGGACUAAAUAUUUCAAGAAAAGUUAUUGAUGAUUUAAUUGCAUGUAGACCAAAUUCUCUGAAUGUUGUUUUGGAAGAAGUUUAUACAUUUCUCACAGAAAAGAGUGUCAAGAAGGCUAAACCAAUCAGACUUCCUACAGUUAAUGUACCUAAUUUUGCUAAACCAACAGUCUCUAAAACUAAUAAGGAUGAUGGAAGAGCAGCUGUUUCAAGUUUUGUCAUGUCAAAGAGAAAUCAAAUUUCAUCAGCUAAAGGAAAUUCAUCUAACAAUAAUACUAAUAAUGAAAUACCUUCAUUGGAAAUUACAUUUAGAGAUAGUAAAUCAUCAAGUACUCAACGUUCUAAAUCAUCAAAUCAACAACAACAAAUGGCCGCCACUGCAUUAUUAGCAAAUAUUUUCAUUGAUAUGAAUGAUAUUAUUGAGGCAGCAUCAUGUAAUGAAUCGGAUAUCAUUUCAGAGUAUAGAUUGGACAGAGGAAAUUUAAUUGCAUCAUUUUUGGAGAAGAUUAAUUCAAUUCCUGUUGAACAUUCUGAAGGAAUUCUUAAUAGUAUAAAGGAAAGGAUUCCUCUCUAUUCUGAAAUGAUGUCAGCUCAACCAAAAGAUUUUUGGAAGUUUAUGAACAUUUUCAUUCCAGCUGUAAGAAAUUCAUCUGCAACUGUGUUUCAAAUAUUGUGCUCUAUUUUAAUAACAUUGGGUAUUGAAAUGGUAUCGAGAGAUCCUGAAUCAACUUGGGAAGCUGUUGAAGAUUUUGCAUUGGAUAAAUUUGUUGAAACAAUUUCAACUCAAGCAAGUAAGAGAGAAGAAAUUGUUCAAAUUGUUUACAGUUUUACAACAUCAGAUUUCCACACCCAUAAGAGAGUGAUUUCAAAGUUAGUUGAAAAAUGCUCUAAAUACGAGUCACAUUUAAUAAUUCAUAUCCUAGCUCUUUUGGUAAGACAUGAGUCAUCUCUUUUAACAAUAUAUGAUUCAGGAAAUGGACCAAUUUUCAAUGAUGAUCAAGUUGACUUUUUCGAAGUAUACAUGAAUCAUGCUAUUAGUGGAUUGAGUAAUCCAUCUCCAAAAGUUAGAGCUUCAAGUUUAUCCAUUGUUCAUACAUUAUUAUCAUAUGACGAUAUUACAUUUGAUAAUAAGAAUGAAACAAAAUCUAAGAGAGAUAAUAGUGAAAGUGAAGUCAACUUUUCCAAUCAACCUUUAUUAUACAUUAUGGAAAAUUUAUGGUCCCAAAGUAUUGAACCAUUGGAAAAUGAUAAUUGGUGGGAAGUAACAGCUCAAUUAAUUGUUUUAACCUCUAAGUGUUUGACACAAGUCAAAAAAUUAUACAUGGUAGAUAAUAUACAAGAGCAUGAAGACAUCUUGAUAGCGUUCUUAGAAAGACUGUUAGCUAGAGAAUUGAGCUCAACAUUGAAGAGUAUCAUUCUCUCAUAUGUUAGCUCUCAUCUUAAAACAUAUAGUGACAGAUUAACAUCUGUUUACCUUGACAUUCUCUUCUCUAUAACAGAAGAAGAAAGAGUUGCACUUUUGGAACAACCUUCAAAUCAUGUUGAAUUAUUACAAGUUGGAAAUAGUCAAUACAAGUUCCCAAUCAUGAGUAUACCAUUUGAAUGGGACAGUUUAACGGUUGCAAAGGUAGUUUCUGAUCAAGUUGUAAAUCUAGAUCACUUGGAAGUUGAACAUUACGAUGUAUUGAAUGCUUGUAUAUCUAUAGCACAAUUAGAUCAACCUGAAGAUGAUAAGACAUUUAAGGAUUCAUGUCCAUCUGAAUGGUUGGAGAUUUAUGAUCGUCUUCAAAAUCACUUCUUUGUUGGAUUGGUUGAUGAAGAAUUGUGCGAGAUGGCUGCACAGUUGAUAGUUAAAUUCUUCUCAGUUUUGAAAAAGGAAGUUGUUAAAUCAAUGGCUGCCCAACUUGUUAACUCUAUUGAAAUAAUCUAUGGAGGUAACCAAUUUGCACACCAACAAGCCAUUUUUUCUCAGUUCUUAAUAGACGUCUACUCUUUGGGAAGUCCAUUCAGUCAACCAUUAAUGAAGCUUGCCAGUUCACUCAUGGAACAAUCGCAUCUAACAACAAAUCAACAUUUAGGAAAGUUUGUAUCCUUUGUGAGGAAUAACAUGAUGUAA